CACCAUGUCGCUCCCCUUUGCCGACAUGCACGGCGGCGGCGAUGGCAUUCGCGAUUUGGAUCAUUCUGUGGAGGACGUCGAAGACGAUAAUGACACCAUGGAUCUAGACGAUGACGAAGAGGAUGACUCGGACGACUUGGACACGGAGAAGAACCGAGGUGGCGACCGGCGCAGGCAAUGGACGUCCCAGGACGACGAAUACAUCCUCCGGUUUGUGCAUCACCACGGCACCAAACGGUGGUCGAGAAUUGCCCGGCUAUUGCCGGGACGAACGCCCAAGCAAUGCCGCACGCGGUAGGUUGUACAUGUGUCCUCUGUGCACCCGAGCUCAUGAGUGUAGGUGGCUCAACUUCCUUGAUCCCACCAUCGACAAGGCCCCGUGGCGCGCAGACGAGACCGAGGUCAUCUUUGCCGCGCAAGCGCGCGUCGGCAAUCGGUGGGCCGAGAUCGCCAAGCUCCUUCCCGGCCGGACGGACAACGCGAUCAAGAACCACUGGUACUCGACGUCCCGACGAAGGCAGCGACAGGCCGCGAAACAGCGGGACGUGCUCGCCAAGCGCAUGAAAACCAUCAAACCCGUCCAAAGCCUCGCCCGACCCAAAAAGACGUCGGUCUCCAUCACCGACGCGCCGCGGCGUCUGGCGCCACACGAUUUCUCCGACAUGUCACCGCCGUCCACUUCAUCCUUUAGUCUCCAGAACCAGCCGUCCGCGUGGCACAUGCUCCAUCGCCCUCCCAACCAAAACAAGGCGCCCAACGAGCCGCUGGUUCCCUUGCGCCCGAUGCCGCCGCCGCCGUCGCCCGUCAAAGUGGCGCCCCUCGAACUCAAACACAAGCGACUCGAGUCCGUGCUCAAGACUCACCACCGCGACCGCAGCAACUCGGCCGACCUAUUUCUGGAUUUUCUCACCCAUGUGCAAAAGUAAACAAAGUCAUAUUGACAAGAUUCAUUCUUUGCAUGUCCAAAUAUAAUAUAGGCCAGUGGUAGUCGUC